GUUACUUUCGUCGCCGAACCUUUCUGCAUAUGAUCAUGGCCGACAACACCGUGCUUGGACGACUGGACCAUUGGGCUACCGUGCAGCCCAAGAAGAACCUCUUUGCCUUUGUCGACGACAACGGCCAAGUCACCGACAGCGUCACCUACGACGACGUUCAAAGCCGCAGUUCCAACUUGGCGAAAUGGAUGCUGACCAGCCCUAGUGUGUCAUCGAAAGGACUCGGCCUAUCGAAGGGCGACAUUGUGCUCUUGGUGUAUCCUCCAGGGUUGGACUUCAUUGUUGCGUUCUUGGCUUGCUUGCGAGCGGGCGUUGUCGCCGUGCCCGUCUACCCCCCUGACCCGCGCAAACUGCGCAAGGACAUCGCCAUGUUCACAACCGUGUGCUCCAACGCCGGCGCCAAGGUCGCGUUGACGAAUUCCACGUACAACUACGCCAAGAAGGUGGUCGCCAUCCAGCAAAAGGUCACUUUUUCCGAGAAAUUCCCUUGGCCUGACCUGCGCUGGGUUGAGUCGGACGGUCUUGUCCUCACAUCACCACCUCCUUCUCCAUCGUCCACCCCGUGGUUGUUGGUGCCGCCUUCACUGGACGACCUGGCGUUCCUGCAGUACACUUCUGGGUCCACCUCCGAGCCCAAGGGCGUGAUGAUUUCGCACGGGAACCUCGGCCACAACUUGUCGAUGAUCGCCUCCGCACUCGAAGCGACGGAUGACUCGGUCGUCGUGUCGUGGCUGCCUCAGUACCACGACAUGGGGCUCAUUGGCGCGUACUUGGGCGUGUUGUUUACAGGGGGCCAUGGGGUGUACAUGUCUCCGUUUAGCUUUAUCAAGAACCCGUUGGUUUGGAUCCGGCUCAUCUCGCAGUACCGCGCCACGCAUUUACAAGCGCCCAACUUUGCCUACGCCCUCUGUGCGCGCAAGUUUGCUACCGCCAACCCGUCCCAAACCUCGACUAGUAUUACUACUAGUAAUACUACGAGCAGUUGCAAGCUGGACCUGUCGUCGGUACGACACAUGAUCAACGGCGCCGAGCCCAUCGACGGAGACGCGAUCGACGCCUUCUACCGCGCCUUUGAACCAUAUGGCCUUUGCCGCGGCGUCGUUCGACCUACGUACGGCCUCGCCGAGCACACAGUGUACGUGUGCGACAGCUCCCCGCAGCUGCUGCAGGUUCAAGUGGACAAGGAAGCGCUGGAACACCAUGAUGUAUUUCAACCUGUGGCUGACAAGGCUCGUGCGACCAAAGAAAUGGUUGGCUGUGGAGCGCCUAGAUCUGACGUGGAUGUGAGGAUUGUGCACCCAGACACCCACAAGGAACUAGCCGCCGGCUCGGUGGGUGAGAUUUGGAUCCGAAGUCCCAGCACGACCCAAGGCUACUUUGGUUUGAAUGACUUGACAAGGGAAAUGUUUCAUGCGACCAUCGUCAGCAACGAACCUCAGCAUUACAUGCGAACGGGCGACCUCGGUGUGCUCUACCAAGGCGAGUUGUUUGUGUGCGGGCGGUUGAAGGACUUGAUCAUCGUGCGAGGGCGCAACCAUUACCCUCAAGACAUUGAAAAGACCGUCGAGGGGUUUCCUGAUAUUCGUCCGGGCUGUUCGGCAGCGUUUUCCAUCUCCACGAACGGAAUCCACGAAGGAUUGGGGGUGGUCGCCGAAGUCCGCGACGCCAACGUGCCCCGCGCGGCGCUGGAGGCCCUCGCGGCGUCCGUCCGGCAGGCCGUGUCGGUUGAGCAUGGCGUGUCUGUGACAGCGUUGGCGCUGGUAUCGACCCACUCGAUUCCCAAGACCACGAGCGGCAAGAUUAGUCGCAAACGGUCGAAAGAAGCGUUUGUGGGCCAGACGUUGACUGAACUGUAUCGCAUUUUCAAGCCAGCUGCAAAUGAUGAUGACAACAACGAGCCAGAGGACAAAGUGCCAAGUACGAUCCAGCCAGCGUUUGCCAGUGUGCCACCAUCAGAAGUCAAGGCGUUCCUGCGUCGAGAGAUGGCGCAGAUGCUGGAUGUACCCCCCGACACCAUCACGGAUACCACACCGCUGCAGCAAGUACGACAACGAUAUUGUCCUUUUACUUCACAAGUUUGGACUUUUGCGCUGAUUUUCGCCAACUCUAUCGAUCGAUAUUCUUUGUUCUGAAAUUUGUACGAAAAAAGGUGUCUGGUGGAGAUUGGUAUCACACUAAUUAAAAACGCACACUAAUUCGACAUUGAUGUCCUGUAAGUCUGAUUGGCUCAACCCUUGUGGCGAUUCUUGUGUACAAUUGGUUGUGUCUAUUCCUUCUCCAUGUGGCUCCAGUUUAGAAUACACACAGUACAAUAUUAUCCUUUUCAGACUUUUGGGCUAUGAUUUUCGCCAACUCUAUCGGUUGAUUCUGUGGAUUUACUGACAUGUGAAUUUUGUAUGUAAAAAAAGUUGUCCUGUGGUGAGGUGAACGAGGGAAUUUAUUAGUCACACUUUGAAUCGAAGUAAAAUCUAAACGUUGAAGUCUGAUUGGUCAACUUUGAUUAUUUUGACCAAUCAAACCAACCCUGGUUUGAAAUACAUGAUUCUGAUUGUAUAUGUACAGCAAUAUUGAGACGAGCUAAAAACUUGGUCCAUAUGUAGAUUGGGAUGGACUCGAUGGGGCUGACGCAGUUGCAAGGGAUUGUGCACAAUCAAUAUGGCGUGCAAGUCCCCGACCAAGUCUUGUAUGGCGAACACACGACGCUGUCGCAUGUGUACGAUGCCCUCGCGACGGCAUCCCACCCCCAGCCUCCGAACGAAGGCGGGGAUAACCAAACGUCGUUCCUCCAAGAACCCCGUCCAGCACCACCCGUGACCCCCAAGCAGUCGCGCAUUUGCUGUGGAUGCAUUGCCAUUCGGUGAUCAUCCCAACGUGGUGAUGCUUGUUCAUCUUGCCCACGGGCGUUUUCGGUGAUAGGGUAAUCACAAAAUGGGUAUUAACAGUAAAUGUACGUAUUCAAAUACUGUACAUAAGGGCAAUACAUACUGUACAUUGGUGUCGCCUUGCCUGCUACUACAACGUUGUAGUACUAUCCACACACUCAGGCAUAGCAAUGGUUUCGCUCACAAGCACUGUUGGAGGUUGUUCGUUUAUGUACUUUAGUAGCUUUCGAAUCCAUCACCAAAGGAGCAAAAAUGUUCCAUUUCGGAGAAAGUUCCAUCGCGUUUUACACAAACACCGC